CACACGCCCGCCGUGCGACCCCCCCCGACGCCCGCCCGCUGAGAGAACGAAGCUCGAGUUCGACCUUGUUGUCGUUGUGUCCAUCGCCCAAUUCUCCAUCUCUCCCGACAACCCCGUGUUUAGAGAUACACAGCAGCCAAGAUGUCUCAGAGACCGCGUCCCUCCGGCAACAAGCUCAAGAUGACCCUGGGUCUUCCUUGUGGCGCCGUGAUGAACUGCUGCGACAACUCCGGUGCCCGCAACCUUUACAUCAUCUCCGUCAAGGGUAUCGGUGCUCGCCUGAACCGUCUCCCCGCUGCCGGUGUCGGAGACAUGGUCAUGGCCACCGUCAAGAAGGGAAAGCCUGAGCUCCGUAAGAAGGUCAUGCCCGCCGUCGUCGUCCGCCAGAGCAAGCCCUGGCGCCGCGCCGAUGGUAUCUACCUCUACUUCGAGGACAACGCUGGUGUUAUCGUCAACGCCAAGGGUGAGAUGAAGGGCUCUGCCAUCACCGGUCCCGUCGGUAAGGAGGCCGCUGAGCUUUGGCCUCGUAUCGCCUCCAACUCCGGUGUUGUCAUGUAAAAAAAGCCUUGAAUUUUAUGCGGGUGCGUGACAAGGCGGAUUUGGGGAACGAUACCAAAGCUCGGAAUCAUGGGUGGGGGUUGCCAAUUCAUAUCUAUGACCUCGAAUAAAAUGAAAAUGAAUUCAUAAAAAA